AUGUCCAAAGCGAAGCAGCAAAACGUAUCAGGUGGCUCCGGCUCAAGUGCAGGCUUCGCCACAGGAUUCCUCAUCGGUCAAUUGACUCUCGCUCUAAUUCUCUUCUUCUUUAUCAAAUUCUUCAUCUUCGGCGAAGCACCUUCAGCAGAUGAACGAGCAGCCAGUCGGGCGUCUGCACGAAGACAACGAACACUUUCCCAUACCCAGGCCCAAGCACGCCAACGAACACUCUCAUCAGCAUUGAGACCAAGGCCGAGCUCAGCAGUUCUCAAACCACGGUCUGAAAGUGGCCCUUCUGUACAGAAACUCUUGGAGAAGACUUACUACAACGUCCAUGGCCAUCAGCCGGAGAGCCUGGACUGGUUCAAUGUUUUGAUAGCGCAGACUGUGGCCCAAUUGCGAUCUGAUGCACAGGAAGAUGAAGCAGUAUUGACCUCCCUGACGGCACUGCUCAAUGGCUCGAGCAAGCCAGACUUUCUAGACGAGAUUCGCGUCACCGAGAUCAGCCUAGGAGAUGAGUUCCCAAUUUUCAGCAAUUGCCGCGUCAUCCCUGUCGACGAAAAUGGCAUGCCCAUCAAGCAGCUCAGUGGCAACAGAGGCGAGACGCUACAGGCACGAAUGGACGUCGAUUUGGGCGACGUGCUCACCCUAGGAAUCGAGACAAAGCUGGUACUCAACUACCCCAAACCAUUCGUAGCUGUUCUACCUGUCGCCCUAGCAGUCUCUGUCGUUCGCUUCUCAGGCACACUCUCUGUCUCCUUCUCUCCCUCAAGCCAACCAAGCCAGUUCCCAACUACCGAAGAAGCAACACCAGAUGGCGCAGGCGGCGAAGUCAAAAACGAAGGCCACCCUCUGAACCCCACAGGCUCCUCACCAACAACACUCACGUUCACGUUUUUGGACGAUUACAGACUAGACCUUUCUGUCCAUUCCCUCAUAGGCUCGCGAUCACGUCUUCAAGACGUACCCAAGAUUGCUCAACUCGUAGAAGCACGGAUCCACCAAUGGUUCGAUGACCGCUGCGUCGAACCACGCUUCCAGCAGAUUGUUCUCCCGUCCCUUUGGCCACGGAAACGCAAUACCCGCGGCGGAAGCACAGAAGACCAGUCCGCUACUGCAGACGACAUGCCCUCACCAACCGAAGUAGCGGUCAGCGAUGCUCCAGCCGAAGCUCCCUCAUCAAGGAAAGAAGGCCCAGGUGAAGGUCCGGGUCCUACAGCCAGUGCCAAUGGUAGUAAAGCAGGCUCAGAAACUACGGCUGAGCAACGAACCCGAGAUUGGGCGGCUAAGCAUGGCAAGUCUAAAGGAGACACGUCGGAGAUUGAGAUUGCGGGGGCUGAGAUGCGGGAGGCGGAUGAGAGGGAGAAGAAGCAGAAGUUGCAAAGGCAGACUAGUGGGGUGAGGUUGAGGGCUGGGUUGGGUAGGACGGCUAAAGGUAGUGAGAGGGUGGGCGGCAGUAGUCUGAGGUCGGAGCAGGUGCGGUCUCCGAGCUAG